UGAGCACUGACCAUCAACAGUCGCAGUGCUCACUGACACUGGCUGACAUCAGCAGUGCUCGAAACUCUUGUAGCUUCUGCAUUGCAAUUUGCAAAUUGCGCCUGCAUUGCAGAUCGUGAACCAGAAGAAGAAGCAGGAAGCGGGUUGCGGAACGCAGAGGGUUGGGAGCAGCUUACCUUUCCGCAGCUUGUUAGCGGUCAUCAUGGCAACGGCGCACAUUGUGUCCCUCCAGACAGCUCAUGCUGGCCUGGUAGGGUCUCUCUGCAAUGCGCAAGCAUCACCGCAACCAAGCAGGGUAGCAUUGCCAUUGAAGGCAAGAUCUUCACUCCUAACCUCAGAGAGGGCCUUUGCGGGCGUGGCCCUCAAAAUUGAUGGACAGCGGUAUGCAAGGAGGUCUCAGCAGGCUCUUAGAGUCAAUGCUCUCCAGACUGCCACUGAAGUGUUCCCGGCAGCGCUUGAGGAGGCUUCGGACCCCCCCAUGAACACGGCAAAGAACAAUGCCCCUUUCACCGGCACAAUUAAGUCAGUUGAGAGGAUCGUUGGUCCGAACGCGACGGGAGAGACCAAGCACAUCGUGAUUGACCAUGAGGGCAAGCUUCCCUACUGGGAAGGGCAGAGCUAUGGGAUCAUUCCUCCGGGUGAGAACCCAAAGAAGCCAGGCAAGCCGCAUACGGUCAGGCUGUAUUCCAUUGCCUCCACUCGGUAUGGUGACGACUUUGAUGGGAAGACUGCCAGCCUUUGUGUCAGGCGUGCCGUGUAUGUGGACCCUGAGACCGGCAAGGAGGAUCCUGAGAAAGCGGGUAUCUGCAGUAACUUCCUGUGUGAUUCCAAGCCCGGGGACAAGGUGCAGAUCACAGGCCCCAGCGGCAAGGUCAUGCUCAUCCCGGAGGAGGACCCCAACGCCACCCACAUCAUGAUUGCCACCGGCACGGGGAUUGCGCCCUUCCGGGCCUACCUGCGGCGCUUCUUCAUGGAGGACGUUCCCAGCUUCAAGUUUGGCGGGCUGGCCUGGCUCUUCCUGGGGGUGGCCAACACCGACAGCUUGCUGUACCACGACGAGUUCUCCAAGUACAAGGAGGAGUUCCCCGACAACUUCAGGUACGACCUUGCCUUGAGCAGAGAGCAGAAGAACAAGGAGGGCGGGAAGAUGUACAUUCAGAACAAGGUUGCCGAGUACGGGAAUGAGGUGUUUGAUAUGUUGGACAAAGGUGCCCACAUUUAUUUCUGCGGGCUCAAGGGUAUGAUGCCGGGCAUCCAGGACUCGUUGAAGCAGAUUGCGGAGAGCAGGGGGGAGAGCUGGGAGGAGAAGCUGACGCAGCUCAAGAAGAACAAGCAAUGGCACGUGGAGGUCUACUAGAGAGGGAACACAAGUAUGAAUCAUUGGCUGUGAAGAGUCUGGAAGGUCAACGGCACAUUCAAUUGCUCAUUCUUGGAGACUGCGCUGGGUAGGUUAUACACUCUCACAGAUCAUCGGCGUUCGCUGGAAAGGUUGUUGCACAGGUCCGCAACAUUUUCUGGUUGGACAGUCCGCGCAGGCGCAAGCUCGCAGUCAGGGGUCUGUUUGAGCUUCGAACUCUCGUUGGUUCCCUUUGCUUCAGAUGUAUUUGCGUUGUAGGAACCAGUGUUUAGGUACUUGUAAAUGUUAUCAGCAUUUAAAAAUUGGACCAUUGCUGUCAGAAGCAUCCUAACUGAAACUGGUUUCCACCACCGCGCGGCGUUGCAGCAGACAGAGUUAUGCUCAAUCGCCAGAGUCUAGCUAGACUCUUGCCUGAUAUUGCAUCAAUGGUCC